AUGGCAGCGCAAAAUAAAGAGUUUUUGUUUUCAGUUGAAAGUGCUUCAGAAGACAUGCCGGCUAGCGAUCCCAGCACGGACCAGAAGGAGCGUCUCAUAGCGGCGGUUAAGAAAGAAGUGAAGCAGUUGAUGGAAGAGGCUGUGACCCGUAAGUUCGUUCACGAAGAAAGUGGUGGGGUGACUGCACUAUGCGGCGCGGUGGAAGCCUGUCUCGGUCAAGGGCUUCGUCGACGGGCUCUUGGUCUCUUUAAGACGAGCUCCACAACCGCCCUGUUACAUAAGAUCGCUAAGAAUUGCCCAGAAGCGGCUUUAGUAUCAGCUCGUGUGCUAGCAGCAGAAGGUGCCCCUGCAACUAGAUCAGCUUCAGGCGUCGAGAGAAGACCUUCAGCUCCUCGACCACCUCUUAAUAAGAGAGGCUCUGGGUCACUACUGUCACAAUCACCACCGCAGUCCAAGUAUCUUUGGAUACGGAUAGCUCUCUUUGAACGUCAAUUGUCGAAGAUAAUUGAGCAUCUGGUGAACAAUGCAAGCAGAUAUUAUGAAAGGGAUGCAUUGGUAGCGGAUCCCGAUUACGGCAGUAUCUUGAGUUCUUUGUUGGUUGGACCCUGUGCUCUCGAAUAUUCCAAGGCCAAAGCACCGGCAUGUUUUUGGACAGAUCCACCAGCCGAUGAACUCGUUCAGAGGCAUAGAAUGUCAGCAGGAACAACAACUCCACCAUCAGUUCGAAGACCCAUACUAAAUUUCAGGAGAAGUCUGAACGCAUCUUCGGAAGACAGUGGAGCUGUUAGCUCAGCCUCUGGCAAUACUUCAAGUUCUACAGCCAAAGAUUACGUGGAAAGUUUACAUCAGAAUUCGAGAGCUACGCUGUUAUAUGGAAAAAAUAAUGUACGGGUUCAACCGAAAGAUGUAGAAGAACCCAUGCCGGGUUAUUUGAGCCUGCAUCAGACAGCAGCUGGUCUAGUCAUCAAAUGGACUCCUAAUCAGUUAAUGAAUGGUUACGCCGAGAGCGAAGGUGUCGAUAAAAGUCGCUGGCACCUAGUACAUACAACGGCUUGUCCCCAUACUGUUCUGUCUAGUAAGGCGCCAUGCACUGUAUAUAGGCGACGAUGUUCCGGACCCCUUUGUAUCGAUUGUGUAUACUGGGCGAUGUCCCUCCAAGUUUGUGUGUGGGAGGUCGUGUACGUUCAUGUACAUCGGUCACAGGCGAGUGAUGCCCUCAUACUUGUAGGACAAGACGGCGUCCAACGUCCACCGAUACAGUUCCCAAAAGGAGGACAUCUUCUAUCAUUUCUAAGCAAUUUAGAAACUGGCCUUCUACCACACGGACAAUUGGAUCCGCCGCUGUGGUCACAAAGGGGAAGCGGAAAAGUGUUCGGACGUGGUAAGAUCCGUAGACGACCGAUGCCAAGUCUCUGUGAAUCCGGUGAAUCUGAAGAACCGGAUUGGGACGAAGCCGCGGGAGAUUACGUGUUUCGUAUCGUUAAUAAUGCGCUCACUGACAGAGAAGCUAUACGUCAUUCUUUAUUGGAGCGCGUGAUACAAUCUCCGCCACGAACGCCUCGUAGACCUUUGGCCUCUACUUCAACGACUUCUUCAGAUUCAUCCACCAUGUCCGUGGAUUGCCCUCCGCCUCCUCUUAAUGGGGUUGUAGCUACACCAGCUAAUAGUUUCGUGGAACAGUCUUUAACGCAAUUACGUGUCCAGGCCGCAUCUAUAGAACUCGUCUGCAGUACUAUGCGUCGUCAAAUCAUAUCCAGGGCGUUUUACGGAUGGCUAGCUUACUGUCGCCAUUUAUCAACAGUACGGACACAUCUGAGCGGUCUUGUUCAUCCGAAUAUCAUUAGCAGAGAAGGCACAGAAAACGGUCUUACUGCGGAACUUUGGAAGUCCAUGAUGGAUAAUAAAGGUGCCGUGACUGAUAAAGACGAAGUGUACCGUGUAGUAUACUAUGGAGGAGUACAACACGACAUACGACGAGAGGUUUGGCCGUAUCUACUUGGUUACUAUGAGUUUGGUUCAACAGCGGAAGAGCGAACCGAACAAGACGCAGCUUACCGUCGUCAAUAUGAAACAACAAUGUCAGAGUGGUUGUGUGUUGAGGCGAUUGUUAGACAGCGUGACAGGGAAGCCACAGCCGCGUCCAUAGCGCGACUUAGUGAAGCCUCUGGAAAACCACGACCUGAAGUUAUUGAGACUAAUGAGGUAUUUGAAGAUGAUUGCAGUGUGAUUUCUGAUAAUCCUCCAAUAGUUUCCCCUGACCCAAGCGAAAACGAACAAAAGAAACCUGAAUCGAAACCAGUGCUGUCAAGAGCGCCUAGUAUAGACGAAGUUGAUAACAUAGAAAUGGAUUCAGAGGAGAAAGGGAAAGAUGAUGUAACUUUAAACGGAGAGACUGAGACAAGUGAUAGAGAUAUUGCUGAUGAUAGUAUCACCGAAUUAGAAGAAGAUGAAGAAGAUAUUUACGUUAAAAGUGUUAUCGAAAAUCCAGAUAUGAGGAGGGAGAGCAUAGCGGAAAUCAAGAGAUUAGCAGAAGGUAUCGUACAAAAGGGAGAAGGGAGAGGUCUGCUUUGCAGCGUUGAUAGUGCCAAUAUAACUGUAAAUGGUAAUGAUAAAGUGGAUGAAAACCAAACAACAAGACAGGAACAACAACAUACGAGUGUGAUUAUAACAAAUCCUUCCGUCGACCUGGCGCCAUCUGGUUCACCUGUAUCUGGUGGGACUACAGUGAACGUAAGUCCAGCUCGUAGUCCAUUGGGUGUUGUUCGUGAGGAGUCUCAGUCCGCGGGAGCAUCCUUCGACACUCUGGAGCCGAGUGACGCUCGUCCUGACAACAGAUCCGACUGUGUGUCACCAGCUAGCUCUAAUGGAGGGGUCUAUUCGAAUGAAUUGGUUGAGAGUUUCGCGUUAAAUCUUCACCGCAUCGAAAAGGAUGUUCAGAGGUGUGACAGAAAUUAUCCUUUCUUUACCGAUGAAAAUUUGGAUAAACUAAGGAAUAUAAUGUGCACGUAUGUGUGGGAGCAUCUGGAGACAGGUUACAUGCAAGGAAUGUGUGACCUGGCAGCUCCUCUGCUAGUCGUAGUCCGUGAGGAGGCGGCUGCUCACGCUCUCUUCACACAGCUCAUGACUCGCGCUAGAGAUAACUUCCCAUCGGGACAGGCCAUGGAUGCACAUUUUGCAGAUAUGAGGUCUUUGAUACAAAUUCUGGACUGUGAGCUGUACGAGUUAAUGCACGCCCACGGCGAUUACACUCACUUCUACUUCUGCUACCGCUGGUUCCUGCUGGACUUUAAGAGGGAACUUCUGUAUCAGGAUGUGUUUUCCGCGUGGGAGUUGAUCUGGUCAGCUCGUUACGUGUCCUCUGAGCACAUGGUGCUGUUCUUAGCCCUGGCAUUGUUGGAGACCUAUCGUGACGUCAUCCUCGCUAAUGCCAUGGACUUUACGGACAUCAUCAAGUUUUUCAACGAAAUGGCCGAGCGUCACGACGCUACCGCUGUUCUAUCACUAGCAAGGGAUCUCGUCCUUCAAGUUCAAACUCUAAUAGAGAACAAAUGA